UUCUUCUCUGUCGCAGCCGUCGGCAUCUCGACUCUCCUCCAUUUUGCAGCUUCGCAAGACUUGUCGACGCUCCCAUCGUGUGCGGUGUCGUGCGCCACCAGCGCCAUUGGCAGCACAGGCUGCGCAAUCACGGACGCCGCCUGCGUCUGCUCGGCGAGCAGUUUCUUGACCGGCGUACAAUCAUGCAUCAGCACAGCCUGUAGCCCCACUGACCAAGCUGCGACCCUGGCAUUCGCGCAACAGUACUGCGGGUCUGCAGGUGUCACCAUCACCUUGCCAACCGCCAGCGCCUCUGCUCCACCUCCUGGACCGACUUUCACAUCUUCCGCAACCAUUGCUCCGCCUGCAACUCCGGCAACGACUACCAGCUACGCACCGGCGAGUUACUCGGCUGUGAGCACCGCUGUCCCACCUGCCGCGUCGUACACUGGUGCCGCUUCCGCAUUGAGACAGCAGUGGGCUGGCCUUGCUGGCGUCGUUGGAUUGGGUGUUGCUGCCCUGCUCUAA